CUUCAUCGCAACUCCGAUGCUGAGCAGUAUGUUCCGUCUACAUAGAGUCUGCCUAUCGCAGGCGCCUCAUCUUGCGACCGUAUCACAAUCAGUUGCACGCUAUGCGCGUGCAAACACAAGGGCUCUGAAUACUGCCGCCCAGCCAUCGUUCCUCCGAUCGUCGCGAUGGCCGCGACGAUUGCUCUACAUGGCGGUCUUCGGCACCUGUGGCGCAGCCUUCAUAGGCAGCUGGAUGGAUGAGAAUGUCUCCGCGCCCGCUCUACCAGGUACGCUCGAAGAUCAGGGACGACUCGAGGCGAUCAAUUCGAAAUUCGAACACUGGCUGCCGAUCGUGCAGAGGUUGCGAGCGAACCCCGACUACGUGGAGGCCGAUGUCUACGGCAAUUUCUCCGAGGACGAGAAAACGCAAAGGCUCACCUCCGGUCCGCUGCGAGGGAGUAGAGGAAUAGGACUUCAGAGGGUCUUUUACAAUGACAAGGAAAAAACGGCCGUCAAUGUCGCAUACCUUGGGCCGGGUCUGGAAGGGUGGCCGACCAUGGUCCACGGAGGAGCGCUCGGUACGAUCAUUGAUGAGCAUCUCGGCCGUGUCGCAAUCCGGAAUCUCCCCCAACGCACCGGAGUCACAGCCAAUCUCGAGCUCCAAUACCGGGCACCGGUCUUUUCCAACAACUUCUACACAUUCCAUGCCACUCUGGAUCAGGAGAGAAGUACGGAGCGCAAAGCCUUUGUCCGAGGCGAAGUUCGUGAUAUGGUUGGGAAAUUGUGCGUCGAGGCCAGCGCAUUAUUCGUCGUCCCCAAGAACUACAAGCUCCGUGAAGAUGGGGAGCGCUUCUAGCACAGUGGCAUGAAUGAGCCUCGCUUGACGGGUCGACGCGAGUGUGUCACGGGAUUUGUCCGUACCGGGUAGAAUUAGAGUUUCGUCUGUUCGCUUCUUGUUCAUAAUUAUUUCAUCUGACGAUGCCUCGGCUUAAUAUCCAAUUCGGGGCUGUAUACGCGACGGACAGACAGAUAAGUCUGGUCUAGGAAGUCAUUGGAGUGUUUCAUGUUGUACAGUACCAUGCUUGUCUUCUCAUUUAUCGCAGAAUCUGUACUGUAGCACCGCCAAAGAAGCUUGUACCAUGUGGGCCUCUCAAGCUUCCUUUGAAGUGGCAUCGAUUUCUCCGCAGGGCCCGUUCCCCGCGAUUUCGCCCCCCGCAUUUUUUCUGGAGGAGGAAGGAG